AUGGAAAUUUCUGAAAUGUAUGGGGUCAUGCUCUACAUAACUAGAGACAUCUCGUUCUGUUACAGAUACUUUAAUCAAAAUGCGAGCUACAAUAUGUACAUGAGUGUGGGGCGUAGCCCAUUUCCUCGUUUGCUAAUUAGAGUGUCAACUGUUGAUAACGUUAGCUUAACCUUUGCCAAUCAGAUUCUCAGCUUUCAGCCAACACAUCCCCAAUCUUACCCACCAGCUUACCGUGAAACUCUCAGCGGCUAGAUAAUGGCCAUGUCAGCAUUGUGGACCAGAGUCACUCAAAGUGAC